ACGUGAUUGGCUCCUGCUUUUCCAAAGAGGGCUUUUUCAUUGGGAGGCUACUAGUACCACCUGAUUUUCAUCUGUCUCUUCAACACUACAGUUCUUUACAAUUAGAACCUACUCUGAAUGUCGUCGGCACAUCCGGCUGCUAGAUUACAAUCAACGGUUGAGAUGAAGAAACACCCCCACGUUGUCGUCUGUCGGUGAUCAUCUCACCUCGUAAUCAUCACGCUCUCCUGCCGAAACUUUUCCUUCACAUGCCCAUUGUUAAUACCUCUGUCUCUCUCCUUUUGUUUUCCUACAAUUUUCUCUUCUUCCUCCUCCUCCUUAUUCACUCUGCGGCUCCUGAAUAAUGGUUCCUUCCUCACCCGAAGCGCAGACUAUGAAGAAACCACCCAAGAACACAAAUUUCGUGACGAGUACCCUGAAUUCCGUUAGGAUCCACUUUUCCUCGCACCCUCGUUUCUGGCUCUUCAUCGCUUUUCUCUGGAUCCAAGCCCUUAUCAUUUUCAUCGCUCGCACUCCUCCGCCGUGUUUCCCCGACCGUACAGCCGACGUCUCCGCCACCGUCCCAGCACGCUACGUCGCACCCCCUUCCAAUGACGACGACGCCGCAUCCAACGCCACACUGCCCGAAACCGCCCCUGCUCCGCCCUACACUGAUGAAUGCCCCUCCGGCAGGAUCUACGCCUACGAUCUUCCUUCCAUGUACAACAAAGACUUGGUGCUUACCAAUUGCACUGACCUAGAUCCGUGGAACUGGGAAUGCGGCAUCAUUACCAACCACGGCUACGGCCGCGCCGCCACGGAACUCCGUCGAAUCUUGCCGGAGGAUCUAUACAAAUCGUGGUACCAUACGAACCAGUACACUCUAGAGAUAAUAUUCCACCACCGGAUUCUGAAACAUAAAUGCAGAACCCUGCAGCCGGAAUCAGCUACAGCAUUCUACAUCCCGUUCUACGCUGGACUCGCGGUGGGGAAGCAUUUGUGGAUGAACGACACUGCCAAACGUGACAAGCAUUGCAAGAUGAUGCUGCGGUGGGUCAAGAAUCAACCGUACUGGAUGAAAUCCAACGGCUCGGAUCACUUCAUGACAAUAGGCAGAAUCACGUGGGAUUUCCGGCGGCUAACCGACCCGGGAAAAAGCUGGGGCUCCAGUUUUCUUAACAUGCCUUCGAUGAACAAAGUUAGCCGCUUCAUCGUAGAGAAGUACCCAGGGGAUGAGAUGGAUGUUAGUGUUCCUUACCCCACUGGAUUCCACCCCAAGACGAGAGACAACCUUAUUGAGUGGCAAAACUUCGUGAGGGAUUACAAGCGUUCCAGUUUGUUCAGUUUUGUCGGGGAGAAUCGUAACUGGGCCGAGAAUGAUCUACGCCGGAUUCUGAUGAAUUACUGUUACAAGGAAGCGGGUGCUUGCCGGGCUGUGGACUGCGCCGUCAGUGAGUGUCCCACCAAUUCUUCGGUGGUUUUGAGUGCUCUGUUGGAGUCGGAGUUCUGUUUGCAGCCCAAGGGGGAUAGUUUUACAAGAAAGGAGGUGUUCGACUGCAUUGUAGCGGGUUCAGUGCCGGUAUUUUUCUGGAAGACGGAUUACGAACAGUAUGAGUGGUUCUUGCCUGGGGAACCGGAGAGUUACUCGGUUUUCAUAGACCACGAAGAGGUGAGGAAUGGGAAGACGUCGGUAAAGCAGGUUUUAAUGGGUUAUAGCAAAGAGGAGAUCCGGAAGAAGAGAGAAAAGGUGAUAGAGACUAUUCCGAGGAUAACUUAUGGAAAACCAAAUGCUGGAAUUAGGAGUUUUAAAGAUGCUUUUGAUAUUGCUCUUGAUGGCGUCUUAGAGAGGAUUAAGGAGGAAAAAGAAUGGGCUGAUUUCUUAAGAUGAGAACACAAGUGGGAUGGGCAUGGGCAUGCUUUUCAUUUUCCGUAAUGUUUGUCAUUGUAGUGAACUAUGAGGUAGAUGGCGAGAACUCGGGACUACUAGUUGCACGGGAAUCACCAUCACGGAGCAGAGUCCAGAGAAGUAUUGGAUCACAAAAUUGUGGGAAGUGGUCGCUCUGUUCAUGAAUUCUUUAGAAAUACCAGAGAUGAAAUUUUCACUUGUAUUUAGAAAGAUGGAUUUGAUCGUUUCAUUGAGCUAUAUAUUGACGUUUUCCACAAACGAAAAUGUGUAUAUGUGAGAGUUCCAGCACCGUUUCGCUGGCUGCAAGCCUCAGAACACAGCAUUAAACAGAUAAGUUGUACUGACCAACUGGUGCGGAUCUUAUGUCUUUAUAUCCUAUUCCUUUCUAUACAACGCAAAGCAACUCAACCAACCUUAUUCAA